GCGCGGGAGGCGGCGGCCGCGGCGGGCCGGGCAUGGAGCUAGUGCUGGAAGCGCGGGAGCUGGGUUACUGGGCUGCCGAGGAGAUGGGGGUGCCCAUGACGGCACGGGCCCCGGAGGCGACGCUGCGCAGGCUGUGUCUGGGCCAGGGGGCCGACAUCUGGGCCUACAUCUUGCGGCAUGUGCACAGCCAGAGGAGUGUCAAGAAGGUCCGGGGAAACCUGCUCUGGUACGGCCACCAGGACAGUCCAGAGGCCCACCGGAAAUCGGAGCUAGAAGCCGCUGUGGCCCGCCUGCGGGCAGAGAUCCUGGAGCUAGACCAGAGCCUGGAGCAGAUGGAGCAAGACACUGAGGCUCAGGACGUAGCCAUGGAGCAGGCGCUGCAGAGCACGCGAGACGCCCAGCGCCGCGCUCUCCUCCUCCGGGCCCAAGCCGGGGCCCUGCAGAGACAGCAGCGUGGACUCCAGGGUUCUGUGCGGCGGCUGCAGAGUCAGCUCGGGCGCCUGCAGGAUACAGAGAGGAAGGCCAAAAUAGAUGUGACCUUUGGACCCCUGACGUCAGCAACCCUGGGCCUGGAGCCUAUGGUCCUGCGUGAUGUGCGAACGGCCUGCGCCCUCCGGACCCAGUUCUUACAGAACCUCCUGAUUCCCCAGGCCAAGGGAGGCAGUAUCCUGGCCCCUCGUGAUGACCAUUUUGGAACUUCCUACCAGCAGUGGCUCAGCUUAGUGGAGGCUCUACUGACCAACCACCCCCCGGGCCACGUCCUGGCUGCUUUGGAGCACCUUGCUGCCGAGCGGGAGGCAGAGAUCCGCUCCCUGUGCUGUGGGGACGGGCUUCUCCAUACGGAGAUAUCCUGUCCCCAGGCACGGGACCAGUCAGACUCCAGCCAGGCCCUGCCGUCCAUGGUGCAUCUCAUCCAGGAGGGUUGGCGGGCUGUGAGUGCGCUGGUCACCCAGAGGGGCCCCCUGCUGAAGGAGCAUCAAGUCCUGACCCGGCGCCUCCAGGGCCUGAUGGAGGAGCUGGAGAGAAGUGCCCUAGGACCCAGGGAGAGGCAGGUGCUGGCGCUGGGACUUCGGGGCUGUGGGCUGUGGGCGGAGCUCAAAGCCCUGCGCACCCAGAGCCAGGAGCUGGGGGAGGCUGCUGGGCAGCGGCAGCUUCUGCUACGGGAGCUCCAGGCUAAGCAGCAGCGGAUCCUGCACUGGCGCCAGCUCAUGGAGGAGACGCAGGAACAGGUCCGCCUGCUCAUCAAGGGAAACUCAGCCAGCAAGACCCGCCUGUGCCGGAGCCCUGGGGAGGUGCUGGCUCUUGUUCAGCGAAAGGUGGUCCCCACAUCCGAGGCGGUGGCGCCACAGAGCCAGAAGCUGCUUCACUGUCUGGAGGAGGAGGCCCGGCGUCUGCCCUGCCUUCUGCUGGGCACCCUGCUGCGGCACAGCCCCGGAGAGUUGAAGCCCCUGCCCACGGUCUUACCAUCCAUCCACCAUCUGCACCCCGCAUCCCCAAGGGGCUCCAUCUUCAUAGCACUGAGCCGCACACUGGGGCUGCCCGCAGGGAAGGCCCCUGAGCUGCUCCUCCCGAAGGCCGCCUCUCUGCGCCAAGACCUCCUGCUCCUCCAAGACCAAUGGAGUCUCCAGUGCUGGGAUCUGCUGCAUAUGAAGACAGGCCUGCCACCGGGACCCUCCGCCCAGGAGCUACUGCAGAUCCAGGCGUCACAGGACAAGGAGCAGAAGGAGAGCCUGGGGCAGGCUCUGAAUCAGUUGGAGAAGCUGCUGGAACAGGCACUGGAGCGAAUCCCCGGGCUUCAGGGAGCCGUGGGGGACUGGUGGGAGCAGCCGGGCCAGACCGCCCUCUCCGAGGAGCAGUGUCAGGGCCUGUCCCUGCCCCAGUGGCGGCUGCGCUGGGUCCAAGCCCAGGAGGCCCUGCAGCAGCUGUGCAGAUGAAAAGGGACUCAGACAGCAGUAGGAGCACACAUUUGUUCACCCAACACCCACCUCCCCAAAUAAAAC